AUGACAAUGGGAAUAAUCUGUCUGGAGACCAGGGAAUGCACCAGUCUCACAACCGUGCUCAGCCACGGAUUCUUUCCAACGCACAUCCCCGAUUCCUGCCAGUACAUUUUCACUGAUGUAGAUGAGAAGCAGCAUUUAGUGUACCUAAGAGUUUCCAGUAAACAAGGACCUGCUAACGGAUAUUCUCUGUAUGUCUGCUUGGUUUCAGUAGUCCAGCACAUUAAGAGGAGAGACAUCAUCCUGAAGAGGGAGCUGGGGGAGGGGGCGUUCGGUAAAGUCUUCUUGGCUGAAUGCUACAACCUGAGCCCCACCAAGGACAAGAUGCUCGUGGCUGUCAAGACCCUGAAAGAUCCCAACCUGUCAGCCAGGAAGGACUUCCAGCGGGAGGCCGAGCUUCUGACCAACCUGCAGCACGACCACAUUGUUAAGUUCUAUGGAGUGUGUGUGGACGGCGACCCGCUCAUCAUGGUGUUCGAAUACAUGAAACAUGGAGACCUGAACAAAUUUCUAAGAGCCCACGGCCCUGAUGCCAUGAUCCUGGUCGACGGCCAGCCGCUGCAGUCCAACGGGGAGCUGGGCCUUUCCCAGAUGCUGCACAUCGCCACUCAGAUUGCCUCAGGCAUGGUCUACCUGGCCUCCCAGCACUUUGUGCACAGAGAUCUGGCAACCCGCAACUGCCUGGUUGGCAAUGGCCUUCUGGUCAAGAUCGGAGACUUCGGCAUGUCCAGGGACAUCUACAGCAGCGACUACUACAGAGUUGGAGGACAUACCAUGCUGCCUAUUCGCUGGAUGCCCCCAGAGAGCAUCAUGUACAGGAAGUUUUCCACGGAAAGUGACGUUUGGAGCUUUGGAGUCAUCCUGUGGGAGAUCUUUACAUAUGGGAAGCAGCCGUGGUUCCAGCUGGGUAACAACGAGGUUAUUGAGUGCAUAACCCAGGGCCGGGUGCUGGAGAGACCACGGAUUUGUCCUAAGGAGGUUUACGACAUCAUGCUGGGCUGCUGGCAGAGGGAACCGCAGCAACGACUGAACAUUAAGGACAUUCAGAAGGUCCUGUUCGCCAUGGGAAAAGCCACCCCAGUCUACCUGGACAUCCUGGGCUAGCAGCAACCCUGGAUGGCCUUUUGGUCAGCAGACAUAGAUCGACAGAGACACACGUGACCGAACGACCCACAUGAAUCCAGGAAUAACCAAACCAACCUGAUCCACUGUCGAAUAACACCUGCUUUGUUUGGGAGGGACUUAAGUGCCUGCAACACUUUUGGAUAUAGUGGAUAAAACAUACAAAAAAAAUGAAAACACACACACACUUUUACAUUUUGUUUACGUGCGUAAAAGAUGUACAUGUUUGAAGAAAACUUUUUUUUUCCUUGAAAAACUGCAAAAAAACUGAAAAGUGGAGAGAGACAGGGAAGGGAAGUGGGCUGGGAAUAGGAGGAUGGCCACAGUUUGACGAUGUGGAGAAAACGCAUCAGAGUCUAAAUCUUUCCUGGUUUUGGUUUUAUGAAUAUAUAUAUAUAUAGAAAUAUUACAUAUAUUUUAUAUUUAUUUCUUUUAGUCAAGGUGUUAAAGGGUCUGCCAUUUUUGUUGCUAAGGGCUUGGCCCUGUCUGGAGACGCCACCAACAAACUUUUGGCAGGGACUGGAGACGGAAGCCUUACUCGCUCUCUGAUUGGUUGGCACUGAGGUUUUAUUGGAAGGAACUGUGACAAGACUGACCGGCAGGAGAAUAGCGGUGCUCCAUGGAGGACCUUCCCAAUCAGACAACUGACAAAUCUAUUUUAAUUUAAAAAUAAUGUACAUUUUGUAAAAUUCUAUGUGUCAGAAUUAUGUUAACUUAUUUUUUUUGGAUGUUACUUUGGUUCUUUUUCUGACUGUGAUCUGGGUUGCUAAAGUAUUAAGCUAUGGUCUGUGUUUUCAUCCUGACUCUGUGGAGGUUUCCGUUGGGGACUGACCCAUGUCAGUGCUGGUGAAGUUAUGGGAUGUGGUGACCGGUGGUGAGAAGAGUUGAUGCAGCCCGCCAACGCCCAAUCACAGACUUGAGACGGUGGGAUGACUCAGAGCCAUGGUUCAACACGGCACUUUCCAAAGAGGUGCCGAAACCUCGCCUUCACUUUCCAGUUCAUUUGCUUUUGCUAUAGAAGGAAUAAUGAGUUGAUAAGUAAUAUCUCACACCACACCCCUGAAACGUUAACACACGAUUUGUCAUCUUCAAGCUUUUUGGUGUGAAACUGCUAAAGAAAACAUUUUUGUAGCGGAGAGCGCAUUCAUCAUCUGUGAGCUGCAGCUGUGUUUCCUCUUUAAAGGAGGAGUUUGAUGUUUUGUGCAGUAUGACUAUUUGCUUUCUUGCAGUGAGUUUUAAAAGCAGGUUGUUUAUAAUAAAUAUGUAUUGCGGCUACAUCCUGAAUGUCACGACAUACACAACACAAACGGGCAAACGGGGGGGGGCAGUUAGCCUUUUUACAUUUCCUUUAUGAUAACAGUGGUGCUCAUAUCCACAGAAACACGGAUUCAUUUUUCUUUUGGGUUUGGUCAUUUAACAAAUGUUUUACCAAGAGUUAAUCAAACUCCUUCAGCUGCUUUUAGUCGCUAAAUUAGGUUGAAGGAACUUUUGAAGUGCAUUAACAACCAGUAAGAUGGACAGCCUCAUCCUCUCCUCUCCUUUUCAUAAAUAAUAACAGAAUCUGGUGCUUUCAACCCGACCUCACACUGGAAGCCUCUGCGGCGUGGAACGGCCGCAGAACAUCACUGCUUCAAACAGAAUCGUUUUUAGCCUUUGGGGGUGUUUCAACCAGACGCGAUGUAGAUAUUUUCACUGUAAAAACGUUGGUACCUUUCAAAAUAAAAGACUGUCGCAGCAAUGCGAUUUCAUACCUAUGUCGAAAACAUCAAUACCAGUGACCUAACGACUUAUUUACUCCCAGUAUUGCUUUAGAAGUGCAACAGUGUUCCUCGUGGCUUUAAUCCUGGCAGUGGAGAGGAACAGUUAUAUACGACAUCAAACGGGAUUUCUCCUUUUUGGUUUGAUGGUGGAUGGCAUAAACAAACUGUGACCUUUGAAGUCUCAAGAGAUGUUGUGAUCUUGCGAGUAUGGCGAGGAGGAAGGCAGCGAGGACGCUUCGUGGCGGAGAUUUUCCCAGUGUGUACUGGCGCGCAGCAAACUUCUGCUGCUCUUCGCGCUGCUGAUGCCUCCAGUGUGACAUAGGGGUAAGGCUUUUCAGGAUCUGGUGAUAAACUCUAAAUGUGGCUGGAUCCAUCUUUGGUAUUACUUGUGCUGUUUUAAAUUCUUUAAAAACAAACUGACGUUGACACAGCUGCAUGAUAGAGCGGUGGCCAUCGCUGUCACCUGACCAGGUGAAGGUCAGGCUUUAAAUCUUAGUUAGCUCUGGCUCUUCUGUCUGGAGUUAUUCUCCUCAUGCGUGUGUGGGUUUUCUCUCAUUUCCUCUCACAGUCUAAACACACGCGUGUUUCAUAUCAAUACUUCCUGACCUUAGGGGUGAUUGUGUGUGCAUGAUUCUCACAUUUGAUUUUUUUUUUGUCUUAGCUUUAUGAUGACCUCUCCUGAGUCUGCACACCUCUCACUUUGGCUUGUGCACUAUUUCAGUAUUUCGUGAUUAUUCCGACCUCACGAACAUUUACAAAGGAAAUUUGCAAAGGACAUCUAGAAACUUUGUUAAAACUGGAGACUUUUAAAGGAACUGAGACAUUAGAGAACAAAACCCUGGUUGCUAGUUCAUCAUAAGACAACGAAGUGCUGUAUUUGUAUAGCACCUUUUUAGGGUUCUACCACCCCCCAAGGCUCUUCACAACACAGUCAGUCAUCCACACAUUCACACACUGAUGAUGAGCUACGAUGUAGCCACAGCUGCCCUGGGGUGCACCGGCAGAGCAUCCGCGCCAUUAGUCCCUCCGACCCCCUCCAGCAGGCAAGGAGGGAUAAGUGUCUUGCCCAAGGACACAACAGCAGCAUUCUCUGAUGGGAGCCCGGAUCGAACCUACAAUCUUCCAAUUGUUGGACAACUCGCUCUACCUUCCAAACUGCUGCUGUCCUAUAAUUUAUAGGGACCAAUUAACCGGACAGUCAUAAUUUCAGGAGGAGACCGGAGUCCCUGGAGAGAACCCGCACGUACACACGGAGAACAUGCUAACUCUCUACAGAAAGGCCGCAGGCAGGGAUUGGAACCCGGAACCUUAUUGCUGCAAAGCAACAGCGCUCACCACUGCAUCACACUUCAACCUCUAGUUCUAAACAUAUUUAAGACAUUUUUUUCCUCAUUUAAAUCACAUUUCCACACCACUCAUGCAAAUUAGGCGAUGAUGACAUUUAGCAUCUUCUGGAGAGUUUUAGGACAUUUCUACUUUUCUCACUGAUGACUUGACAAGAUUGUGCAAACUGAAUGCAUUUAAGUCUACGCUCUCAGGCCAUUAUUAAACCUAACCAUAGUUUUUACUGGUACUACUAGUUAUUGCAACUAAUUAACACACUGAAGCUAUAAAACAUAUUAAUGGAAAACUGAAAUGCCAAUUAGCUGAACAGUGUAAGCUUUCCCAAAAUGUUCUAUAUCACUUGUGUGUGCAGGUGUGUUUGCACACAUGUGUGCAUAUGUGUGUGUUUAUGUGUGUUUGCACACAUGCGUGUGUGUGUGUGUGUGUGUGUGUGUGUGUGUGUUGUGUGUGUGUGUGUGUGUGUGUGUGUGUGUGUGUGUGUGUGUGUGUGUGUGUGAAUGUGUGUGUGUGUGUGUGUGUGUGAAUGUGAGGGAAAGUCUCUGAAAAACAGCCACCUGCAGAAAUGGCUAAAAUUCAACAGAACUAAAUGCACCGAAGUACCGUUGCUGCCUUUCCGUUAUUUUAUUGUUGUUUUUUAAACCAUAGCAUUUAUAUGAAAGUCAUUUAGUGCCCUGUUUGCUAUAAAGUACAACGUCAAAGAUUUCUUCACUGUGCGAUUUCUGUGGGCCUGUUGUGAAGAAGCUAACUCUAGCUCUAACUCUGUUUAAUUAUCCAAGAGUGCUAACUAAGCUACAAGGAAUAACAGUCAUCAUGGUUCUAACCUGUGUGCUAAGCUAACAGCCGACACUGUAGAACUAGCAGUAUUCACCUGUCGGUACCAACUUUCCAAGCUGUCGUUCUUUUUAAAACACAGAAACAGUUUUGUUGCCUGUUCUGUCGCUACGUUUCGUCUGCGGCUGCAGACUUCCUCAGGCUGACGCUGGUGGUAGCGUCACUUCCUUCUCCGUUUAUCCGCGGGCAGCAGAGGACAUUGUCGCCCUCUACUGCCCGCUCUCCCCUCUCCGACGAUGCAGUCCCAUGAGCGGUCCAAUGUGUAAACUCCAUCGUCUCUGUUCAUGGUCCCACAUCCACGUCUCCUUAUCUCGAUUGCUUCUUUUAUCCAUCUUUUGUAUUUUUGUUGUUCGGUGUUUACGAUCCUUGUGUUGUCCCAGUCCAUUACAUGGUUUUCUCUUGUGCAGUGAUCUGUUACGGCUGACUUCUUUAUUGUACUUUCUGCUUCUUCUUUUGCUGCUCUUGUGUGUUUUCUACUUGCUUCUUUCUCGCACUCCUUUCUAUGUUCUAUUGUUCGUGUGUUGAGUUGGCGUCCGGUUUCUCCUACGUAUGUUUUAUUGCAGAGUUUACAUGGGAUUUCGUAAACGACUCCACAUUUAAGUCCAGCUGAUAUUUUGUCUUUUGGGUCACUAGUCUGUUUCUAACUGUUGUGUAUGGUAACACCAAGAAUAUCUGGAACACCAAAAAUACAUAAACAAAACACCCCACUUAGACCAAUAGUUGACAGCAUAGGUACACCAACAUACAACAUGGCAAAAGAUAUCAGCAGAAUCAUCAGCCCGUUAUUAGGGAACACAGAUCAACACUGCAAAAACAGCAUAGAACUGGCAAAAGAACUAAAGGAAAUUACAACAGAAGAAAACGACAUACUCAUCUCACAUGACGUCACAUCUCUGUUCACAAAAACACCAACCCAAAAAACCAUAGACAUAGUAGUUAACAGAAUCAGACAGGACAAGACUUUACACAAAAGAACAAACCUCACAGCAGACGACAUAGCACAACUGAUAGGACUGGUAGCUAACUCCACUUACUUCACAUACGACAACACAAUAUACAAACAACUGGAAGGCUUCGCCAUGGGUAACCCGUUAUCAGCCACCCUGUGCGAGUUUUUCAUGGAAGACCUGGAACAAAAAGCCAUAGCCACCGCCCCCCCAAACUGCAAAAUAAAACUAUGGAAACGCUACGUAGACGACAUACUGGAAAUCAUACCAAAAGGACAAACAGAAACACUAACACAACACUUAAACAACAUUGAUGACACAGACAGCAUAAAGUUCACAUUUGAGUCAGAAACAGAAGGCAGCAUAGCAUUUAUGGACAUGAAAAUCACCAGGCAGACUGACGGGACCCUAAACAUAAACACAUACAGGAAACCAACACACAGACCAAUAUUUAUUAUGGACAUCAGAGCACCCCACCAUACACAAAAUGUCAGUAAUCAGAACAUUAUAUCACCGAACAAACAUGGUAACAGAAGAAAUAGACCGUAAACAAGAGGACAAACACAUACAACACGCUUUAAAGACCUGCAGAUACCCGACAUGGGCAAUAAACAAAGGAAAACGACAAACAAAAACAGAAAGAAAAGAACAACCUAAGCAAAGAACCAGAAACCCAGAAAGACAAGAACCAAAACCACUGCACAAGAGAAAACAAUAUAAUGGACUGGGACAACACAAGGAUCGUAAACACCGAACAACAAAAAUACAAAAGAUGGAUAAAAGAAGCAAUCGAGAUAAGGAGACGUGGAUGUGGGACCAUGAACAGGGACGAUGGAGUUUACUCGUUGGACCACGCAUGGGACUGCAUCGUCGGAGAGGGGAGAGCGGGCAGUAGAGGGCGACAACGUCCUCUGCUGCCCGCAGAUAAACGGAGAAGGAAGUGACGCCACCAUCAGCGUCAGCCUGAGGAAAUCUGCAGCCACAGGCGAAACGUAGCGACAAAACAGGUAACGAAACUGUUUCUGUGUUUUAAAAAGAACGACAGCAUGGAAUUAGAACCACGACACAGCAUGAACACGCCUAAGAGGUACCAACAUUCCUUUGCCAGAUGACUCCUUUAGUUCAACUCUGCAAGAAAGCAAACUAGCAUAUUAGCAUAAACCGCACCUGUGUAACUCCUUGGUACAUUCACAGUCUUCUUACUUUACUGUAAAAAAAGGGAAACAUUAAGUAAAGUUACCAUUUCCUCUCUGGUACCCUGCUUUUCUCUCAGCUGUUCAUAAGUGAUGAUGAGUGUUGUACACCUGCUGUUGCUGCUUGGAUUAAAAAUAUCUUCCAUCACAAUCGGAAACGUACCACCAAACAUGCAGGUAACGUGUGCCAGUUUGUGACCUCACAUGGAAAUCACUUAAGUGGACCCACCAAUUGUGUGGUAUAACGGCAAAUGCUUUUAUUUAUUUUUUUUUUCUAGGUACAUAUUAAAUACUUCUGUAAAACUAAAAUGUAUUAAUUUUAAAGGAGCAGCUUCUGAAAAAAGACAUGUUAAGUUCAUAAAACGAGUUAAUUUUAGAAUAAAUGACAAACCUCAGGCAAAUGUUUUAUUUCAUAUUGUGUCAAACAUUUCAGAGGGUCUCUCUGCACAUCUUCUCUUCGCAUGGAUCCUCCUCAUAGAAUCACAGUGUUGUCUCUGUUCUCCUCGGGACUGUGUAAAGCAUUAAUGAGCUUUCGGUUAGUUCAUGUGUUUUAUAUGACAGGCAGAAUCACAUCCAUUGAGCUACCCAAAGUAUUGAGUUUGUGUGUAUUCUCUUGUGGUAAAGAUAACGCUUAAAGACAUUAUGAAACAGGCCGUGAGCAUUUGCAGGGUAUUGUAAUCCUUUCAUGGUGAGUUGAAUAUUGUUUAAUACGUUUUUUUCUUUUCUUUUUUUGGAUGAACUAACUGAACACUUUUUGAAGCAAAGUUGGCUUAUUACCAUGUACACAUGUUACAAAAUAUAAAAAUGUGGUAUAACAACUGCAGUAUUUAAAAUACUAGUAUUCCAUGAUAGAUCUUUGUAUUAAUGUGACUCUCUUAAGAAAAUGUCUUCAAACAAUCAGACGAUCUCCUUUUCCAUUUUGUCCUGUCUUAUAAAGAUAUGUGAAUUUGACACAA